GGAGGGGAAAUAUAUUAAUAACGUAGUACAUUUCUUUCAAGCUUUUUAAGUGUUCAUAAAAUUUUCAUUUACAGCUUUUUAUAAUUGAUUUUAAUGAGAAUUCUUUAUGAUGUUAUAGUUCAGGAAGACAUGCCAAUCAAAAGCUUGUUUUUCAUGGGUACGUGGACACAGUUUUAAAUUGUGGUUUUAUGGAAGUUUUCCUUUUCUGUCAUACAUCAAUGUUUUAUUUAGAAUUUCUUGGGUUGAGUUUUGUCUUACUCUAAUUUGGUCUCAACAUCAGCGAAUGCAUACUGGAGAAAAAGUAUACAAAUGUGAAGAAGGUGGUCAAACCUUAAAGGACUGUUCAUCAAUAAAUGGUCACUUGCAGAUCUAUUCUGGAGAGAAACCUUACAAAUGUCAAGAAUGUGGCAAGGCUUUUAACGAUCACUCAAGUCUUAAUAGAGAUAAACGAAUUCAUAUUGCAGGGAAAAAUUACAACUGUAAUGAAUGUGCCAAAGCCUUUAAAUCAUUCUCAGAACUUACUCAACAUUGCAAAAUUCAUUGUGGAAAAAAACCUUACCAGUGUCAAGAAUGUGGCAAGGCCUUUAAACAUCCUUCACACCUUACUCAACAUCAGAGAAUUCAUACUGGAGAGAAACCUUACCAAUGUCAAGAAUGUGGGAAGGUCUUUAAUAUGCACUCUCACCUCACUCGACAUUGCAAAAUUCAUAGUAUAGAGAAACCCUAUAAAUACCAAGAAUGUGGCAAGUCCUUUAAUUUGAGCUCAGGGCUUACUGAACAUCAGGGAAUUCAUAAUGCCAAGAAAACUUAUGAAUGUCAAGAAUGUGGCAAGGCCUUUUAUGACAGGUCAACCCUUACUCAACAUCACAGAAUUCAUACUGGAGAGAAACCAUACCAAUGUCAAGAAUGUGGCAAGGCCUUUAACCACAGCUCAAUCCUUACUCGACAUCACAGAAUUCAUAGUGGAGAGAAACCUUACCAAUGUCACGAAUGUGGCAAGAGCUUUAACCAGAGCUUAGCCCUUAUUCAACAUCACAGAAUUCAUGGUGGAGAGAUACCUUACAAAUGUCACGAAUGUGGUAAGGCCUUUAUCUGGAGGUCAAGUCUUACUGAGCAUUACAGAAUUCAUAGUGGAGAAAAACCUUACCAAUGUCAAGAAUGUGGCAAGGCCUUUAACUGCCUUUCACACCUUACUCGACAUCAUAGAAUUCAUACUGGAGAGAAACCUUACCAAUGUCAGGAAUGUGGCAAGGCCUUUAAUGUGCACUCACACCUCAGUCAACAUAGCAGAACCCAUACCAGAAUGAAACACUAUAAAUACCAAGAAUGUGGCAAGGCCAUUAACUGGUGCUCAAGGCUUACUCAAAAUCAGGGAAUUCAUAAUGGAAAGAAAUCUUACCAAUGUCAAGAAUGUGGCAAGGCCUUUAACCACAGCUCAGACCUUACUUGACAUCACAGAAUUCAUACUGGAGAGAAACCUUACCAAUGUCAAGAAUGUGGCAAGGCCUUUAUCCACAGCUCAACCCUUAUACGACAUCACAGAAUUCAUACUGGAGAGAAACCUUACCAGUGUCAGGAAUGUGGCAAGAGCUUUAACUGGAGCUCAGGCCUUAUUCGACAUCACAGAACUCAUACUGGAGAGAAACCUUAACAAGCCAUGAAUGUGGCAAGGCCUUUAAGGACAGCUUAGCCCUGACUUGCAUCACAGGACCCAUCCCGGAGAGAAACCUUACCAACGUCAAGAAUGGCAUUAGGCCUUUACAGGCAUUCCAUCCUCAUUAAACAUCAUAAUAUCCAUACUAGAUAGAAAGCUUACCAGUGUACAGAAUGUAAUAAGAGGGGCACCUGUGUAACUCAGUCAGUUAGGGCGCUCACUUGGGCUCAGGUUAUGAUCCCAGGGUCCCAGGAUUGAGCUCUGUAUCGGGCUCCCUGCUCAGCAGGCAGCAUGCUUCUCCCUCUCCCCCUGCCUGACCCUCCUCACUACUUGUGCUCUCUCUCCAUCUCUCUGUCAAAUAAGUAAAUAAAAUCUUUAAGAAAGAAAGAAAAAAAGAAUGUGAGAAAAAUCGGUUAAGGAGUGCUCACCCAUUCAUGCCUAUGAGAAUUCAUAUUGGACCAUAACCUCACAAAUGUAACCAGUGUGGCAAGGCCUUUAUCCAGCAUGCACGCCUUCUAAACAGAGAAUUCAUACUGGAAAGACACCGGAUGAAUAAUGUGGCCAAACCUCUAGCAGGCACACAACCCUUACUGCACAUCACAGAAUUCACCCUGCAGAGAAAAUUAUGGAUGUAAUGAAUGUGAGAGAGUGCCUAAGGACUGCUCCCUCCUCACUGCCUAUGAGAGAUUUUAUAUAGGAGAGUAAGUGUACAAACACUAAGAAUGUGUCUGACCUCUCAGUGGGACUCCCAACUUUCUUCACAUCGUUGUUUUCAUACAGGAGUGAAAGUGUGAAAUGUAAAGAACAUGGCCAAGCCUGUAACUGGAAUUCAGUGCUUACUCAAUGUGUCAAAAUGCAUAGUAGAUUCAAACCCUUGGAACAUCGUGAAUGUGGAAAGAUUUUCAUUUUAGUAUACAUUGGAGCACACACCAGGGGGGCCAUUAAGGAAAGUCAAUAGAAAAUUAGCAGUGUUUAGAAAAUUAUUUAAUUGAACAUCACGUGCCAAUAAAUGUUAAAGAAAUCAAGCCAAUGGAAUACAUUAUUCACGCUAUUCAAACAUUACUCUCUAUAAAAAUAGUGAUUAUAAGGAAAAAUCAAACUUAAACACUUAGAAAAUGUAUGUGGUACUCUGUUUCAACAGAUUUAGUGGAUUGACUUUUUCAUAUAUGUAAGGAUUUCAGUAUUUUUAAAUUUUUUACAUUAACCCUAUUUGAGAUUUGUGACUAACUAUUAAUGUAU